GCCCGCCCGACCCUCAGCAUGGCCACCUUUGCCCGCAAGCCGCGCAGCAGCGACAGCGUCAAGGACCCCGACACCAAGUUCGCCGCCCAGCGCCAGCCCAGCAUCGCCCUGGCCCCCGCUGCCCCGCUGCCCGCCCCCGGCAACCCGCACGCCGUGUUCCAGCACAUCCACGAGCUGGCCUCGAAGCGCAUCUCGACCCUGGACUACCUGCGCAAGGCCCACGAGGGCCGCAUCUACUGGUUCAACACCUUGCUGUUCUCCAAGUCCGACCUGACGCGCCUGCCCUCGUUCACCCCGCGCGCCCAGUCGCGCCGCGCCACCCAGUACCUCCUCCUCGGCUUCUCGCUCCCUUCGAUCCUCGACCUGCACGCCGCCGCCCCUGCCGACUACCUGCGCGCCCUCAACGCCCUGCUGCUCGAGUUCGAACAGUACCAGGCCGCGCACCCGACUGACGGCACCGCGCCCUCGCUGAGCCGCGCCCGCAUCCCGCAGAUGUUCAAGCGCGCGAACCUCGCCAAGGGGCGCCGCAGUUCCUCCGCGACCGGCGACUUCCCGCUGCUACUACCACAAGACGCGACCGACCCGCCGACCGACGAUCUCGCCCCGGGCGAGUCGUAUGUGUACCUGCAAACACCCUCGCUCCCCUUCGACCCCGAUUUCUUCUCCACCUUCGCCAGCCUCUGCGAUGUCCUCAUCGACUGCUACACCAAGAUGCUGAGCAUGCUGAGCACCCCCGAGAGCGUCGUGCUCGCGGGCCAGGGCGUGCCGGGCGUCGUGGGCGAUUUGUUCGCCAAGGCGGAUGCGCGCGUGCGGAAGAUUAUCCUCGCGGGCAUGGUGAGGGAGUUCGAGGAGAGUUGUCGCGCGGGCGUGCGGGGGGAGGUUGGGGGCGUCGGCAAGGUAGUGUUGGGGGGGCUGAUGUAGGAUUUUACGCUUUUUGAUACCCGGAGUUUGUGCAUUGGAUGGUCUUGGGUGGUUUAUGUAGUAUUACACGAUGUGAUCGUGGUGGAGUUGUGCAUUUUGCGCUUCACAUAGACAGCAUCAGGAGAACGCAGGCGCAUGCGCGCUUCACUAUUUGAAUUACCUCGAUCAUCGUG